AUGCUCAUGAUGACUGAGCAUACGGAAGCGGACACAGGAGUAACGGCGACAGUUCAGCAAUCAAAAUACCACGUGCGGUACAGCACCAGUAACAAGGCCAUCGCGCCCCUACACACCAAGUCAUCCACAGGAAUUAAGGGUGUCAGACCAUUGGCGCGGAAAAUUAUAUGGGAUGUUUCCAAAUUUGAUGAUUGGAUCGUCUUCUUUACUACGAUUGUGUUCGUUGCGUCACGCGGUUGCAUUGAGGUAAUGGACUCGCUCAGCGAGGAAAAGCUAGGGAUAACAGCAAUUGAGGAGGGUGAUCAGCCAGUAGACGAAAGAGGGAGAGAUGAGAAUGCAGAGAAGACAGAGAACGCAACAAAGACAAGUGGAGAAGUUGAUUCAGUGAGCGGGAAGGCAUCGUCAAAGAAAGCAGACAAUCCAGUUGAGGGAUGA